GGAAGAAUUCAAGCCAGCUUCUUUGCCCCAAUGCUAGGGUAGUAUCUCAACAUUCAUUCGUAUCAACGAUACGCCAGCACCCUGAGACCGUUCGCGAAGGACCGUGGCAGUCGUUGGGCACACGACAGUUGCAUAGAGGUUUGCCUCAGCCGGUAUGAUCUAAAGUUCUGAAUGUGAAAGUGAGGAGCACGAGCGCAAAACGCAUCCCAUGCCGAUGCUGCCUUCGGUCAGGACGGGCCCCCCGACCCAGGGCAUCCGUGCUCCACAGCUCUGUGUCCAAUCCUUCGCGCAUAAUAGAAGACUACCUUGGUCACACGUUCACUUCUCUACAGGAAUCGCUGAAUUUUAUUGGCGCCCUGGGCGCGGCUUGACGCCUGUAGUUCUUAAGAACGGAUGACUGGUGACAGUAGAGUCGAGGGCAAGGGAGCAGACUGAGUCGAGGUCAAGACCAGCGAAUGAACAUGGCUGCUUUUGAUGAAUCACUGCAUCUGCAGCUGCAGGGCGCCUUCAACAUGUCUUCCUCAUCAGGCAGCAUGACAUGGUCGCAGAAUGCGGGAGCGCGGACCAUGCCGGGGGCUCCUUCGGCGCACCAACCCUCACUAAACACACUUGUAGCGAACCACGCCACGGGUGGCCAGGCGGCGCAGAUGUCGGCAGCGCAGCAGCAUCUGCAACAGCAGAUCCAGCAGCUGCAGACCGGCACCGGGAACAGCUCGCAGGUCUUUACGCUCACAAACGGCACACGCGUGGUGAAGGCCGGCCAGCCCUACCCGAACACGACGAUAGUCCAGACUAUGCCCACGGGACCGCUCGGUAUGAUGAAUGUCCAGCGUCCCAACAUCAUGGUGGGCCAGGGACAGAUUGGCAUGGCGCAGCCGGUCAACCCUAAUGCGCUGGGGCUGUCCGGCCUCCAGAGCCAGGCCGGCAAGCUUGCCUACAUGCAACAGCAACACCAGCAGCUGCCGCAGCAGCACGUGCUGGUGGCGCAGCCGCAGCAGGGCCUGCAGGCCGGGCUGGGCAUGACUAACGGCGCGAACCUGGUCGGCGUCGGCGCCAUGAAUAUGGGCGGCAUGAACGGCAUGGCCGUGAGGCCCGGCAACGUCUUCCAGCCAGGCGUUGCUGUGCGACAGGGCCCCAUAGGCGCCAGCGGGGUCCGCUCCCUCAACAUGGCCAGCAAUGCCAUCACGCUGCAGCAGGUUUUCGCGCCGCCGCCGACCACCAUAACGACCACCAUGACGGCGGUCCGGCCCGCCAUGCGCAUCCCCAAGCUGGGCACUGUCGCCACGUACAACCCCGUGACAGGCGUGCGCUCCGCCACCACCAACGGCGUCACGCCAGGCGGUGCCGGCAGCGCGCCGGCCCUGCCCGCCGGCCUUCCUGCCUCACUGGUGCAGCAAAUGAGCCUGCUGCAGCAGCAGGGCGGGCUGGUGCAGACCCAGAUGCUGGGGCAGCCCAGCGGUGCCAUGGCAGUGCGGCCGGGCGCGCUGCAGAACGCUGGUGUUAACGGCACCGGCGGCAGCCAGCGCCAGACCACGGUCGUUGUGGGCAGCAGCGGCAUCGCCGCGCUGCAGCAGCAGCAGCAGCAGCAGCAGCAGCAGGCGCAACAGCAGCAGGCGCAGCAGCACCAGCAGCAGCAGCAGCAAGUCGUGAACAUCACGCUCGCGGAUGGCACCACCACCACGACCGUGUUGGAUCAGGUCACGCUGGCGCGCAUGCUGUCCGAGACCUCGCGCGGCCAGGCCGCCAAGAUCCAGCUUGCCGCCAACCAGCAGCAACACCAGGCUCAGCAGCAGCAGCACAUGCAGAUGCGCCAGAUGGCUGCCGCAGUCAACCAGCAGCAGCAACAGCAGCAACAACAGCAACAGCAGUUCCUGCAGUUGCAGCAGUCACUGAACGGUGGGCUGCAGCAGGUGCAGCUGUCAGGUGCGCCAAGCCAGCUGCUCAUCCGCACCAGCGCCCAGCAACAGCAGCAGUUUGGCGGCCGUGGCAUGCAGGACGCCUCGCCCACCGCACCCUCGGCCGGCCAGAUGCUCGGCGGCAUGCAGGUGCUGAGUGGCCCAGGCGGCUUCCUGCAGUCCGCUACCGGCCAGAACCAGCAGCAGCCGGGCGGCUAUGCAAACGGCGGCAAUAUCAAUAUCUUCGACAGCGGCAUCGCGGCGCAGAAGCAGCACGUGCUUGACGGCCUGAGCGUCGUGGACCUGAACUCCAUCGUGGACCAGCAGCACCAGCAGAACGGCUCGCAGUCCAACUCGCAGAACGCGCUGCACCUGCGCGCCAGCCACCUGGGCAUGGGCGGCGGCGGCGGCGGCGGCGGCGGCAGCGCCAUGAGCAACAUGAGCAGCGGCCCGCAGCAGCACCAGCAGCAGCCCGACAUGAGCGGCAGCAGCAUGGGCCACCUUACGCACGACGACGCUGCCAGCAACCACAACGGCAACGGCAGCGGCGCUGCCGAGGGCGGCCCGGACGCAUACGCUGGCGGCCUGAACGGCGGCCUGGGUGGCCUGGGCUUAGGCAUGGGCAUGGCCGGCGCGCUGGGCUCGUCACGGGAGGACCUCAAGGUCAUCCUGGUGUCCAUCGGGCAGGAGCUGGCGCGACACGGCAUCAGCGUUGAGACAGCGGUGACGUCGGGCUGGCUGGGCGUGCUGUCGCCCAUGGACGUGGCGAUUUUGGCGGACGCGUAUGCGGAGGAGGAGCGCCGCGUGACCGGCCAGCCGCUUUCGCAGCAGCAGCAGCAGCAGCAGCAGCACAUGCAAAUGCAGCUGCAGCAGCAGCAGCAGAUGCAGAUGCAGGGCCAGCAGAUGCAGGCGAUGCAGGGCCAAGUCCACCUAGGCAGCCAGCCGCACCUGCAACACCUGCACGGCUCGAGCGGCGGCGCGGACAGCGGCGGCUCCUUCGCGCGCCCGCUGUCGGGCCGCAGCAUCGGCUCCGGCCUGGGCGCGUUCGGCCCAGCGGGCACCGGCACCGGCACUGCGCCCGGCAGUGCUGCCGGCAGCGGCGCCACCAACGGUUCCAACAGCACCCCAAACAGCGACACGCCCCUGGGCGACUUCCCAAACCUGGUCCUGGGCGGCGGCAACACCACCUGCAGCGCCGACCGAAGCGCCACUGCCGCCAUCCUGGCGCUCACCUCCUCAUCGGCCCGCACCAGCGUGUCCGUGCCGCCGUCAGAGGACGGCAACGGCAACGGCACCGCAGUGGGCCUGGGCGCCGGCGUCGACGGCCCGCCGUCGGCGCCGACUGCGCCUCUGGCUGACAGCGUGCUGGUCUGGGGCGGCGUCGGCAGCAGCAAUGGCAAGGGCUUCUUUAACCGUGACAGCGCCGCUGCCACCGUGACGAGCGGCAGCAGUUUUGCGGCCUUCCAGUACGGCAUGUUUGGCCUGGGUGGCAUGGCGCCCGGCGGCAGCCUGAGCACCGAGCACGACAGGGCCGUGGACCGCUCUGACGAAGCAGCCGCUCUGGCGGACGUCUUCGGCGAGAAGCAGGGGCCGCCGGUGGGCCUGGGCCUCAUGGCCGAGGAUCUGGGGCUGAACGCACAGUGUGCGCGCGCCGACGGCCUGGCGCUUCUGCACUCGCACCUGCAGCAGUCCUCCGGCCCCGGCCCCAAGCUCAUCGACUCGGCUUCCGAGUACGAGGCGCGCCGCCAGGCUGCCUCCGCUGCUGCGGCUGCAGCCGCGGCCGCUACGGCGGCGGGCGGCGGCGCGCAGCUGCGUGCCGCUUCGUCGGACUGCCAUGCGGCUGUGGGUGCUUUGGCGUCAGCAGGCGCGGGCGCACUGGUCCCGCUGGCUGCGCUGGCGGCGAGCAAGGCCAACUUGUCCGCUCCUGUGGCCGCCGUGGCCAGCGUCACUGCUCGCGAGGGCACCAUGGGCACCGCGGCCGCUGACUCCGCGGACAAGGAGAUGGCGAAACGAUUUGCGAAUCUUGACCUCGGCUGUGGAUUUUACUAAAUGUGGGGAGAUGGAGGAGUGCUUUUUAACGACCAA